CCCCGGCCGCUCGCCUAUUUCCUUCGACCAUGAGAUCGUGAUGAUGAACCAUGUGUACAAGGAGAGGUUUCCCAAGGCGACGGCUCAAAUGGAGGAGCGUCUGGCUGAGCUGCUGUGCUCCUCGGCCCCGGAUAAGGUUUGCCCGCUGGCCGACGGGGUCCUGAGCUUCAUCCACCAUCAGCUGAUUGAGCUGUCCAGAGACUGCCUGGAGAAAAGCAGAGAGGGCCUCAUCACCUCCCGCUACUUCUACGAGCUCCAGGAGAACCUGGAGAAGCUGCUGCAAGAUGCUCACGAGCGCUCGGAGAGCGUGGAGGUGACGUUCGUCACACAACUCGUCAAGAAGCUGAUGAUAAUCAUCGCCCGGCCUGCGCGUCUGCUGGAGUGUCUG